AUGUCAAACUACUCAAGGAGAAAACCUGUUCCUGAUCAAGACAAUGGGGAUUCUUCCUUUCCCUUUAAAAAUAAUAAACCCACUGCCGAUUUGAGUUUCAUGAAUCAACCUCCGAGGAUGCCUGCAAAAUCUCCUUUAAGAAAUUCUGGCACUGUGGUUCCAACUAGUGGUGCAACUCAGACCACAAUAAUUCAACCUGUUAUGAGUACAAUGUCAAUAACUAGCACUGUGUCGUCUACAACUCCAACUGUUCGUACACGUCCUUCAGUGGAUACCACCUCGAUCGAUCGCGAUUUACUAUCUCCCGAAAAAAAAGACUAUGAAGAAAGCAUUAGAUCUCUACAAUCAAGGAGACGUGGUUCUGACCAUAGUUAUAAACCAAUAUCUCCAAUAUCUGGUGUUUAUCCUGAUAGCGCGCAUACUACUUCUCCACCACUUUCUCCAAAAAUUAAACCACCGUCUUUAAAUAUUGCUAGUGAUUUACUUACUUCGUCUGAAGCUAUGCUUGCUUCUGCUACUUCUCCAAAGUUUCCACCUGGAACUUCUUUAUUGGAUACUACCGAUGAAAUGUUGAUUCAAUUACUAGUUUCUCAAGCUAUUAUUGACGCGAAAGAUUUUGAUAUUUUAAGUUUAGAAGAAGUUGAAGAAUUAAAAAAGGACCAUUCAUUGUUGACAACGCGUAUUACAGCUUUAACUUCCAAACUCUCCCUUGAAUCAAAAAUUCGAGAAGCUGCUAGCUCACUUGCUCGACUUCAUGCUUCUAACAGAAGAUUAUCACGUCAGGCAACGGAUCAUCUUUCUGCUGCUAAUCGUAAAGUUGACCAAGUUGCUACAGAACUUUGGAAGUUAACUCAACGUGCUGGGGAAGUGCAAAGAAGAUUAUUACAACAUAUGGCUGGAAUUCUUAGUACUGGUAUUUAUAAAUUAGAAGAAAAAUAUACUCAAAAAUUUCAAACAAAUUCUACUCAACUUCAAGAAGGUGGUGAUGGAAUUGAUAACUUAUAUAAUGAAAUAAUGGGUAUAAAUUCUAAUGGUUCAGAUCCUGUAUUAGCUGAAAAAGUGUCUAGUUUAGAAUCAUCACUUCAUAAUGCUCAUCAAACACUUGCGGAAGCUAGAAUGGCUAUUAAACGUAAAGACAAAGAAAUUGAGGAAUUAAAAGCUAAAAUCGAUGAUAGUGCAACUGAAACUAGAGAAAGAACAAUUGCUGAAUUAAGGACUGAAUUAGAAGAGGUUGGAAGUCGAUUGGAUAUCUUGUUGAGAAAACAUAAAGCUAAUAAUGGUAAAAAUAAUACUUCUGAUAAUGAAUAUUCUGAUGAAUCUGAUUCAGGUGCUUCCACUUUUUAUCGUCUCUCUACUAUGACUACUGCUACGCAGCACCUUCAAAAAGAACAAUAUAAGAAUAUAUCUGAGAAUUUAAGUGCUUUAGAAAAAGCUUUAGAAGACUAUGCAUUUCGGGUAUAUAAAUUUGAGCAAGAUUUAAAUUCGGCUAAAAAUAGCACUGAUUAUGAAAAUCCUCAAGGUCAAUUGCAAGAAGCAUUAGAUAAUUUGAAACGCGCCGAAGAAGAAGUUGAGAUAGAACGAAAAAAAGUUAAAAAUAUGGAAAAUGAAAUGUUUGAAUUACAGGCAAAAGCAGAGCAUGUUCAGGACCUUGAAGAUCAAAUUAAGGAGAUGGAACGAAAAAAUCGUGUCAAAGGAUUCGAUGAAACGAGUAAUGAUACGAGUGUUGAAUUGAAAUUAAGAAAGAUGGAAAGGGAAUAUGAUGAAAUAAUGGAAGCUCUAAAAAAAUCAUUUUCAAAUCUACCAUCUGAUAGAUCCGAAAAUAAUAAAACAAGAGUUUCAAAAGAAUCUAUAAUUUCACGUAUUCAAAGAGUUGGUGAUGAGAAUAAAAGACUAAUGGAUCAAAUUUCACACUUGCAAUCACGAAUACAUGAUCAAACCAUGAAAUUAAAAGAUCAUGAUAAUUUAAAACAGGAUCUUGAAGUUACUCGAAUUGAACUUGAAAAUUCAAAAACCAGAAUAAUAGAACUUGAAGAUAGAGCUCAAAACGCAAUAUCUCGAGUUGCUUCUACAAAUGAAAAGCAAUCUGACUUACGUAUUGAGUUGGAAGAGUUACGUGAACGACUAAAUACAAAUCAGGAGAAGGUACGAAAAUAUGAAGCUAUUCUCAAACGUCAGUCCGUUAUUCAGGUUAUUGAUAAUGGUACAUCAAUUAAAGAAGAAUUUCAACAACAAUUGGCUACACAAGAACAAGAAUAUGAAGCACAGAUUAAGGAACGAGAUGCUUUAAUUUCAAAAAUUCGAUCUGAUUUAUCACAUAAUAUUACCGAAAAGGAAAAUUUUGCACAAAUUGUAAAAGAUUUGGAAGAUAUGCUAAAAUCUAAAUCUAGAACAUUGGACCAAAGAGAAGUGACAAUAAGUCGACUAGAAAGUGACAUCGUUCGAUUUAAGUCAGAACUUGCAGAGUUAAAAGCUGCUACUGAUGGUAUGAAUCUCAGUAGAAUUAGUUAUGAUGGAAGUAGUGGCCGCAUUUCAUCCCAGAUUGAUGAAAGACAAGAUGAAUUGAGUCAAUUACGAUCAAUUAAAAUAAAACUUGAGCAGCAAGUAAGGAAACUUAAAGAAGAUUUAGUUACUACACAGAAGAAGUUUUCAGAGCGUGAAGAAGCAUUAGAAAAAAGUUCGGAAAAAAUGCAAAAUGAAUUGGAUGGUAUUUUACGUGAAUUUGAUCGACUGACACGUAAUUUCAUUGAUUUUGAUACCGAAAGACAAAAACUUCAAAAUAAUAUUGAUCAACUACAAUCCAAAUGCGAGGCUUUGGAAAAUGAAUUAGCCGACGAAAAGAUCAAGCGUUUAGGAAUGGAUGGAAAUGAACCACCAACGACGAUAACUUUGCGAAAAGAAUUUAGAAAAAUGAUGGCAGAUUCACGAGAAGAACAUAUAAAAUUAUUACGACGAGAAACGGAAGAAAAGAAAAAAUUGGAGAACACAGUAAGGAAUCUCAAAAGGGAAAAAGAAGCUGUAAGAUGGGAAAAGAUUAACAAAGGAACACAAACAAGAUUUACUGUUAGCGUUGGGUCUGGUUAA